CGGAGCAAUGCCUCACAACCCCUUCUUCAGCGUCGUCGCCCUCCUCAUCAAAACCCUAACCCUCCCAAACCCUAACCUCAUCUCCCAACUCCUCCUCCCCCUCCCCCUCCGCUACUCCCCCGUCACCGCGCUCAACUCCCUCCUCCGCCAGCUCCUCCGCUGCGGCCGCUUCCCACAAGCCCUCGCCCUCUUCUCCGCCGCCCUCGAAGCCAAAACCUCCCCUCUCGACUGCUUCAGCUUCUCCAUCAUGAUCCACGGCUUCUGCUUCUCGGGCCAGCUCCGCGGCGCCCUCGAUCUCCUAACCCUGUUCGAGAGCCGCGGCGGCCCCCCCAAUGUGGUCAUGUACACGACUUUGAUCGACGGGUGCUGUAAAAAUGGCGACUUGGAAGAAGCCGAGAGGCUGUUUAAGCGAAUUGGGGAGGUAGGUUUGGUCCCAAAUGAGCUCACCUACACUGUGAUGAUCAAUGGGUACUUCCGACAUGGCUUGCAGAGACAUGGGUUCGAUCUCUACAACGAGAUGAGGGGUAAAGGGGUUUUACCCAAUCUCUACACUUACAAUUCAUUGAUAGCCGAGUGUUGCAGAUGUAGAGAUUUAGAUCGCGCAUUUAAGUUGUUUGAUGAAAUGCGUGAGAGCGGAGUUUCGCAUAAUGUAGUAACUUAUAACACUUUACUUGGUGGUCUAUGUAGAGAAAAGAGAACUACGGAUGCUCUCAAGUUGUUCGAUAAAAUGACAAAGGAGGGAAUAAGGCCAAAUUUGAUUACAUUCAAUCUUCUUAUUGAUGGGUACGGCAAAGAAGGGAAUAUGUCGAAAGCUAUGUCUACACUUGACUACAUGAAAGUAAGUGGGUUUUUGCCUAAUAUUGUUACUUAUAAUAUGCUCAUUAAUGGGUUUUCUCAAGCUGGAGAUUUAGUAGGUACUGCUAAUAUCUAUAGAGAAAUGAAGGAAAGGGAUUUAUCUCCUACUAAAGUAACAUAUACUAUUCUUAUUGAUGCUUUUGCCCGAGGGAACGAUAUGAAAAGAGCGUUUGAUGUGUAUUAUGCAAUGGAGAGGGCCGGUAAAGAGGUGGAUGUGUACACCUACGGCGUGCUAAUGCGAGGAUUGUGUGAAGAAGGCAAUUUGAAGGAUGCAUGGAAAUUAUUCGAGUCAAUGAGUGAGAAGAAACAGAAGCCCAGCAAUGUGAUUUAUGAUACAAUGAUUUAUGGGCAUUGCAAAGAAGGUAGCUCAUACAGGGCUUUGAGGAUGGGAAGUUGUGCGAGGCAGAAGCUCUUCUGAAUGAGAUGGUAUUGUUUGGUCUACCGGUAAGUGAUUCGAUCUGCAGAGCACUAUAUGAUGCUAAAAUGAGGAGCCAUAGUAAUUCAUAAGGCUGCUUAUGAAAAGAUCGAGAUGCUGGUUAUUGGGUUUCCUGACCCAGUCGAUUGCGGCCCUAUUAGACCCAACCCACAAUUAAGGAGCAGGAACCCUUACAUUUGUAUCUAUUGGAAAGUGAGGAAAGUAGUCCUCUUCCUUAAUGGUUGAUGAAAAGGUCUUUGAUCAAAUCGUCCUCAAGCCACAUAGAGAGAGAUAACUAAGGCAAUUUUUUGAUUCGUAAUCGGUGAAGCAAGAUAUUCGACUAAAUAUUUUCACCAUGGCUUAUGUGUUAGUGAUCCCUAUUGUAUUUAAUCCCGAGUUUCCAAUAUGAGGGUGAUAGAGAUGCGGAGUUUAUUGGAUUUUAGAAUGUGGAGGAGCAAAAGAGUACCUGUCACAUGCUUAUUAAAAUGAAAUUCUGGUUGCAGUGGUGGCCGAAGAAAUUUAAGCUGCGAGUUUCCUGACAAGGGAAGAGUUUGCAAGAGUACACACCAUCAUAGUUGACAAGUCUCGUGCUUUGGAUGUUAGAAUCAACUGCAGAGCCUAGAUCUCAAGCAGGCAUUUCCCAUCAUUGGUUAGACAAAUCGUCUUCUUUGUUAAAUCUUUUUGAAAGCUUAUAAACUUUGGAUGGAGUGAAGCGAAUUCGAAGUUUUAAGUGCUUUGUCGUGAAGAAUUGGAGUCUCAGUGCUGAUAAUAAAGAAGAGGAAGCAACUGUUGUUGUGCUUGUAUCUUGUUAUGUUCCUGCGACAUUGGUUAUUAUUUGUACAAUUACCUGGCCUUAAUCAAGGUUGGCCAAUUCCUCAUAUUUCUUGCAGACAAUAAAGAGCACAAUUUGGAAUUUAUUUUUGUUUUCAAAGAGCACUUAUAUAAUUAAGAGUCAGAAUGUGGAGAUAUGUACUGCUUGAAUAUUGGCAAUGAUACUCAAGUCCGUUACUCUA